UCUACCUAGCGCUGUGAUUGGCUAAAAGGUCAGCUGUCAUGGCGCCUUGCGGCCUCCAGCUUUUGUUCCUCAUCGUCGCCGCGGCCUCGGCUGAGAUUCGCUUCCCGACUCUGGCGCACCUGCGGCCGGCAGCGAGUGACGAGGAGCAGACGGAGGCGGUGCAGGAGCUGUGCCGUCGGCUGCUUGGAUCCCGAGCCGGUGAUUUCGUGCUGACGGUGAAGAAGCCGCGGGCCGAGGCCGAGACGUUCGAGUUGCGCUCGCUGCCCGACGGGCGGGUGUCGGUGCUGGGCAGCAGCGGUGUGGCGGCGGCCAGCGGCCUCUAUUCGUACCUGCGCGACUUCUGCGGCUGCCAUGUGUCGUGGUCCGGGCGGCAGCUUGACCUCCCGACGCCGCUGCCUCGGCUGCCCGGGCCCCUGUGGGUCACGGCGCCCAACAGGUUCCGUUAUUAUCAGAAUGUUUGUGUAUACAGCUAUUCAUUUGUUUGGUGGAAUUGGGAGCGAUGGGAGAAAGAGAUUGACUGGAUGGCAUUAAGUGGCAUUAAUCUAGCGUUGGCAUUUACUGGUCAAGAAGCCAUAUGGCAACGGGUAUACCUUUCACUUGGACUCACUCAGGCAGAAAUUGACAGCUUUUUUGUUGGGCCGGCAUAUCUUGCGUGGGAGCGUAUGGGCAAUAUGCACAGCUGGGCAGGGCCAUUGUCAUAUUCCUGGAAUACAAAUCAGUUGAAUCUUCAGCACCAGAUUCUUCAGCGGAUGAGAUCUUUGGGCAUGUUGCCAGUCCUCCCUGCCUUUGCUGGAUUUGUACCUGCUGCCUUCAAUAGAUUGUUUCCUAAAGAAAAUGUCACGAGGCUCGGGAACUGGGGGAACUUGAACUGUUCUUAUUCUUGCUCGUAUUUGCUGGACUCUGAGUCACCCUUCUUUCAACAAAUAGGCAAGAUGUUUCAGUUGGAGCUAAUUCAGGAGUUUGGCACUGACCAUGUUUACAGUGCAGAUACAUUCAAUGAAAUGACGCCAAGGUCAUCAGAUCCUAAAUAUUUAUCUUCAAUCAGCAAUGCAGUCUUCAAGUCAAUGACACAAGUGGACCGUUCGGCAAUUUGGCUGAUGCAAGGAUGGCUUUUUAUGUCAGGAUUUUGGCGGCCAGCCCAGGUGAAGGCCUUGUUGCAUGGAGUACCUUUGGGGAGAAUGAUUAUUCUGGAUUUAUUUGCUGACAGUAGACCAGCAUAUUUAUUCACAGAAUCCUUUUAUGGACAACCUUUCAUAUGGUGCAUGUUGCAUAAUUUUGGUGGCAACACUGGAAUGUAUGGAACGGUGGAAACUAUCAACAGAGGUCCUUUUGAAGCAAGGGCUUUUCCGAAUUCCACCAUGGUGGGUACUGGAAUCACACCAGAAGGAAUUGAACAAAAUGAUGUUGUAUAUGAGCUAAUGAAUGAGAUUGGCUGGCGCAAAGAGCCCUUAAACCUCUCAAAGUGGGUUACGUCAUAUGCACAAAGACGGUAUGGAAAGAAAAAUGAUGGUGCAGUAACAGCCUGGUUGCUGUUGUUUCAAAGUGUCUACAAUAAUACUUUCUAUCGGCCAGACCACAACAGAAGUCCAUUAGUUCACAGGCCCUCUUUAAAAUUGGACACUUCUUUAUGGUACAACAAGAGUCAUCUUUAUGAAGCAUGGAAGCAUAUGCAAAUGGCUGUUUCUGAGCUAUACUCCAGUGAAACCUUCAGAUAUGACCUUGUUGAUGUGACAAGACAGUCAGUUCAACUUCUAACAUCAGAAUUUUAUGAAGACCUUAAGCUUGCAUUUUUGAAACAUUCUCUUGUGGGGUUGCAGACUUUGGGAAAUGCCUUAAUUCAUAACCUACUACCUGAUCUUGAUGACCUCUUGUCCAGUGACAGGCACUUUCUAUUGGGCCAUUGGUUAGAAACAGCUAGAUCCUUAGCAGCAACUGAAAAAGAUGCAAACCUGUAUGAAUUUAAUGCUCGUAAUCAAAUUACUCUUUGGGGACCAAAUGGAAAUCUUUUGGAUUAUGCCAACAAGCAGUGGGGUGGUUUGAUUAAUGAUUAUUAUGCCCCACGGUGGGAACUCUUUGUGUCAACACUGAUCAUCUGUCUUGACAUGAAAAUUCCAUUCAAUCAAGCCCAUUUCAACCAAAUUUCCUAUAAAGUAGAGCAAAACUUUACCAUAAACAAAGUGAAGUAUCCAGAUAAACCAUUGGGAAAUACCAUUGAGAUAGCAAAAAAAAUGUUCCUGAAAUAUUAUCCCCAAGCAAUGAAAAUAAUUAAUUAAUCACAAACCCAAUUGUGAGCAUAAAUGUUUAGUAUGGGUGAACUUAAAUGGAAUGAUAUUUUUUGCUUAGCUGUAAUGUGCCUUUGCAUCAUAUACUGGUUAUUCCUAUAACUACAGGAUGUGCAGUGUAACCUCCAUAUACUGUUAGAUGUCAGCAGUCAACUUUAACAGCCAUGGUGUACACAAUAUGCAUUAUAAGUGAAAUUAACACAACGAUUUUGGAAUCAACACCCCAGUUCCAUUUCCAUAACAUGGCUCUGUAUAUCAACAUGUGCACGCGGUCUGUUUCUUUUUCUUUCUCUCGCACCCCACUCCUUGUCCCGCACUUUCCCUCUCUCUCCCCCUCCUGCGUGCACUCUCCCAAUCACCACAUUUCCGGGCCUUUUGCAGAAUCAAUUGGUCCCUCCAGAAUACUGCUAUUGUCGGAAUAAUUUUCUCGUAAACACCAAUUCAUUCCACAUGGCUGGAUUGUUGCUGCCUACCUGUAACCUUGGAAUAAAUGAGGCACAGUUUAGCACAAGGGACAUGAUGAGAAUAUUGGAACCAUAAAAUCUCAUGUAACUAUACAGAACAUAGGGCAGAUACAAACACCUACUCUCACUGGAGGAUAGGUCCCUUGCAGAUCGAUUGGGUACAUUUUCUCUCACUGGCACUCACUAGGUGAUGGUUAUGCAGGCAUAGAUGCACUGGGAUAGGGAUCCUAAAUGUUUACCUGUUUGUAUAAUCUAUUUUACCUUAAUCUGCUCAACUAAUCCAUUAAUUUGUCUUUGUAAAUCUAAAACUGUAAAGAUUUGAGAACAUUUAGGAUACAGUUGUUGCCUUCUAAAUUUACAAUUAAAUAAAACAUCAAUCUUGGGAGACAAGAUCAUACCCGCUUUCAAUCUUUGGA